UCGAGUCUCGAAGUCCCUGUCAUGGCGGCCGUUGAGUUGGCGGAGGCCGGGAUGGUUUAAUAGGCGAUGAGCGGCGAGCCCUGGAGCCGUUGAGCUUUUAUUGUGACCGGAGGAGCGGAGAGCUGAAGCCUCGGUGUCUCCUGAGAGAAACGACCGCCCAGGGACACCCGGAGCCCGCUUAGCAUCUUGCCCGGGUCCGUGGAUCCGGAUCCCUCUCAGGCUAAGACUCGGUUUUCCCGGCUAACUCUUCUGCCAUGGCUUCCUGGCUCGGGGGCCUGGGCUCCGGCCUGGGGCAGUCCCUGGGACAGGUGGGGGGCAGCCUGUCAUCCCUCACGGGGCAGAUCUCCAGCUUCACUAAGGAUAUGCUGCUGGAGGGCAAGGAGGAAGCCGAGGGUGUUGCUGCGGAUGUGGAGAUCUCCGGUGCUCGGAUCAGGGAGCUGGAAGGGGUACAGAGAUCAGAGAAUGAGAGGCUGAGGAGAUUUGUCACCGAGCUGGAGGAGAAGCACGAGGCGGCCGAGCUUCAGGUGAAGCAGCAGUCUCUGGAUUUCAGGAACCGGCUGCAGCAAAAAGAGGUGGAAAUAAGUCACCUUAAAGCCAAACUGAACGCCCUCCAGGACGAAAUGCAGAAGAAACAAGCGUCGGCUCAGCUGUCCAGCGCCUCCCUCGCGGGGGCCGCGCAGUCCCCCUUUAUGACGAGCAUCCAGCCCCCCGCCUCGGCUUUCCAGGGUGAGGACCUGGACCUGGGCGACGUCAUCUGGUCCCAGCAGGAGAUCAACACUCUGUCCGGCGAAGUGUCCCGGCUCCAGGCCGAGCUCUCUCACUGGAAGCAGCUUGCUCAGGCAUCAAAAGUGCAAGGUCUGCAAAAUUCUGACCCAAACGAGAUCUACAUGCUGCGAAAUACCAUUAAGGAGCUGAAGGAGAGACUGGAUCGGGAACGGGACGAGCGGCAGCACGAGCUGUCCGCCCUCCAGGACACGCAUCGCCAGAAGCUUGCCGAGCACACGCGGCGGCACCGGGACGAGCUGGGGGACUACGAAGACCGGAUAGAGGAGCUGGAGGAGCAGCUGGCGCGAGGGGGCAGCGAUGGUGCCGGGGAGAAAUCCAAAAUAUAUGAGAUGCAGAAGACCAUCCAUGCCCUGGAAACAGAGAAAGCUGAAGCGGCUCGGAAAAUGCAGGAACUGGAACGUCGCGUGUCGGACCUGAGCCGGGAGCUGGCUUCGUCCAGCGAGGAGAAAGCCCUCUUGAGAAAAGAGAACGAGUUGGCGAUGGAGGAGAAAGUCCAGCUGGGCCGAGAUUACGAAGCACUGCUGUCUGAGUUCAGGGAGCAGCAGGGAUCGCAGCCCGGUGGCCCAGCCGAGGUGGCCGCUCUGCAAGGGGAAGUCAUUAGACUGCGGGAAGCGUUGCUCGACGCACAGAAGGAAGGCACCGGAUUAAAGGCUGCGGAACGGAGCAAUACAGCUGUGGAGGAACUCGAAGGCACCGUACAAGCUCUUCUAGACGAAAAGUGUCAGCUAGAGAAAGACAAGGAAGAACUGCAAGCGGAGGUGAGUCGCAUUCGGUCUGCCGAGGACUCUGAUGUCGCCUCGCGGCUGGCGCGGGAAGAGCUCGAAGCCAAAGAACUAAGACUGGCGGAAGUCGCUGCGGAAAAGGAGGCGCUGGCAGCCGAGUUAGAGGAACUCGACAAGCAGAACCAAGAAGCGCUGGAGCAUCUAUUUUUAAUUAAGGAGCAAUUAAACAAGCAGAGGAUUGAGGCCGACGGGAGCAUCGCUCAGCUGAAAGAGGACCUGCAGAAACUAAAGGAGGACGUUUCCCGCCUGGAAUCAGAAAACGCUGAGCUCAGGAAACAGAAAGAUAACCAGAACGAGGAGCUUCGCCAGACGACGUCCGCUCUGAACGAGCUGCGUGGGGAGAAUCAACGUCUCUCGAGCCAAACGAAGGAUUUUUCUGAAAGGAUUAACCAAUUGGAAACCUCAAGUUCUACCCUUAGGGAGGAAAACCUAGAACUCCAGAGAAUCAUACAGCGAGGAAAGGAAGAACUUUCCGCAGACAAACAAGACUCCCCGUCCCAGUUCCAAGUUCACGACGGCCAGUCAGAGGCUGUAAAAAAUAAGGUUCAGCUUUCGGAGAUCAAGCAGUCGAAUGAAGACCUCGAAAAGGAAAUUUGCGACCUCAAGAUGGAGAACGAAAUGCUUCUUUCCACUCAAGAACAGACGAAAGUUCAGUUACAGGAAGCGAUGUCGGCCAACGCCAAAGACGCUCUGGAGAAACAGACUCUGAUCGAGGCGCUGAGAAUGCAAAAAUCCCAGCUUGAACUCGAGCUAAACCACACCGAGAACAGAUUGCUCGAACAAGCUCAAAAGUACGAGCGCACCAUAGACGAGUUCACUAGCGCUCGGAAAAUGGACACCUCUGCCUUACAACAGGAGCACGAGCGUCUGGUUAAACUCAAUCAAAGUAAAGACUUCGAGCUGGCGGAGAGCAAGAGGAUCCUCGAGCAGCUGGAAAAGGACCAUGAGGAGACCAAGCAAAUGUUGAGUAGCAGCUUAGAAGGACAGAAGCAGUUGACCGACCUUAUAAAUGAGAAGGAAAAAUUCGUCCUUGACCUAAAGGAAAAGAACGGCGAGUUACAGCAGAGCCUUAAACAUCUCUCGGAAACCUCCAAGGAGUGUGAUAAGCUGCGGCAAAGCGUUGAGGACAAGGAAAGGACUCUUGCGUCUAUGAAAGAAGACAACAGCCAUCUAAAGGAGGAGAUCGAGCGUUUGAAGGAUCAGCAGGGUAGACCUCAGCCAGCGGUCGAACCCAAAACGUUAGACAUCAUUACCGAUCUCGAGGUCGAGAUAACGCAGCUGAAUAAAGUCAAGGAUAGUUACGAGGAAGAGCUGAAACUCCUGAAAACGGCAGCUGAAAAACAAAGCCAGCAAUCUAUACAGCUGGAACGGUCCUUGCGGGAGAAGAUCAGAGAAACGGACGAGGCCAAGACACGGCACAAGCAGAUAGUGGAGACGUACGAGAAACUGCUGGCGGAAAAAGACAGCGAGAUCGGCAGCCUGCGGCAAACCAACGAGCUGAUCAGCUCCCAGUUACAGAACGAGCAGCUGCUCCAAAACGAUUCUACCGUCAUCCUGCCGGACACCAAGGGCCAAACCAUCAACGGCGAGAACGGCAACGAGAAGCAUGACCUGUCCAAAGCGGAGAUCGAGAGGCUGGUGAAAGGCAUCAAAGAAAAAGACAUGGAGAUAAAAGCGCUCAACGAGAAGAACGUCGGUUUGACCAAACAGAUUGAUCAGCUGGCGAAAGGGGACGUCGGGAAACUCACGCAGAUCAUCCAGCAGAAGGAUUUGGAGAUACAGAGUCUGUCUGCCCGAGUCUCUUCUGUGAAUUACUCUCAAGAUGUUGUCUAUUUACAGCAGCAGAUACAGGCCUACGGCGUGGAAAGGGAGCAGGUGCUGGCCAUUUUGAACGAGAAGACCCGCGAGAACAGCCAACUCCGAACGGAAUACCACAAGCUCAUGGACGUGGUGGCGGCCAAAGAAUCUGCUCUUCUCAAGCUCCAAGACGAGAACCAAAGACUUUCCCGUGGCCAGGAGGGCAGCACCAACGAAAUGUUUAAGGAAACGAUCCAGAACUUGUCUCGGAUCAUCCGAGAGAAAGAUAUAGAAAUCGAUGCGCUGACCCAGAAAUCGCAGACUUUGCUGGCCGUUCUGCAGGCCUCCAACUCGGACAACGGCAACGGACUCGGGGCCAUCAGCAGCAACCAGUUCGAGGAGCUGCUGCAGGAACGCGACAAGCUCAAGCAGCAGGUGAAGAAGAUGGAAGAGUGGAAGCAGCAAGUGAUGACCACCGUGAAGAACAUGCAGCACGAGUCAGCCCAUUUUGAGGAGCACCUCGACAAGCUGCGGAAGCAGAUGGUGGAGGACUGCGAUUCCAACUCCAAACUGCAAGUGGAGUACGACCGACUCGUUCAAAACUACGAGCAGAAAGAAACCAUGCUGAAAGGGUUGAAUAUAGAGCUGCGGGACGUGCAGCGCAGCCUGGAGCAGCUUAGCCUUGCCAAAGCUCUGAUUUUGGGUGAGUUGGAUGCAGCCAGCCUGCAGCCGGGUACGUCGGGUCUACCUGCCGGGCAAGGCGUUCCGUCAGCUGCCCCCCCGGACCCGAGCGGUGAACAGGCAACCAAGGCUUUGCAGGAACGCGAACGACUGAAGAUCCAGCUGCAAGAGAAGGAGGCCACGAUCCGGACGCUUCAGGAGAAUAAUCAGAGGCUCUCGGACUCGGUGGCCGUGACGUCGGAGCGCGUCCGGAAGGACCAGAGAGACGCGGACGCCGAGAUCAAGCAGCUGAAAGAAAAAAACGACGUUUUGCAGAAAUCUCUGAAAGAAAAGGACCUUUUAAUCAAAACCAAGGGUGACAAAUUAAACUCCGCCACCGAAAAUCUGAGGAACAAAGAGAACGAGAACGAGCUCCUGAAACAGGCCGUCACCAACCUUAAGGAAAGGACGCACGUUCUGGAAACGGACAUCCGCAAGCUGGAGGCGGAAAACGAAAAGGUCGUGGCCAAGGGCGCCGAGAAAGCGACCGAGUUCCAAGCGCUGCACGAAACCAACAUGCAGUUUUCCAUGAUGCUCCGCGAGAUGGAGUUUGAGUCGAAUUCCAUGAGGGAGAAAGCAUCGGCGCUCGAGAGCCUUCUUAAAGAAAGAGAACAGGGGAAAACGGGCGAGCUGAACCAGCUGCUCAACGAGGUGAAAUCCAUGCAAGAAAAGGCCGUUCUGUUCCAGCACGAGCGAGACCAGGUUAUGCUGACCCUGAAACAGAAGCAAAUGGAAAACGGCUCUCUGCAGAGCGAGGUUCAACAUUUGCGAGAAAAGGAGCAGCGUUUAAGCCAGGAACUGGAGAGGUUACGCCACCACCUGCUCGAGAUGGAAGAUUCGUACACCCGGGAGGCUCUCGCUGCCGAAGGGCGAGAGACGGAUCUGAGGAAAAAAGUGUCCCUUCUGGAAAAUAAAUUGUCGACGUCCUCCAGUGCCGUGCAGAAUGCCAGUCUUCAGGCUACGAUGCAAGUGGAGUCUCUGCAAGAACAGCUAAACCUGGUUUCCAAGCAGAGAGAUGAGAUCGCCCAUCAGCUGCGCAUGUCCCAAGAACAAGUGAGGCAGUAUGCAGUGUCACUGAGCAACCUGCAGAUGGUGCUAGAGCAGUUCCAGCAGGAGGAGAAGGCCAUGUAUUCCGCCGAGCUGAACAAACACAAGAAGCAGAACAAAGAGCUGAAGGCACAAGCCGAAAAGCUUGAAAAUAUGGUUGCGUCUCUGCAGGAACAAUUAGAUGAAGCAAACAGCGCGUUAGAAGCUGCAGCGCGACUCACCGAGCAACUGGAUCUGAAAGAGGAGCAAAUGCUGGAGCUGCAGCGGCAGAGUGAUCUCAAGCAGGAGAUGUUGGAAGAAGCGCAGAAUAAACUGCUGAACUUAAUAAGCAGCACAGAGGGCAAGGUCGACAAGUUGUUAAUGAGAAACCUGUUCAUCGGCCACUUCCAAACCCCCAAGAAAAAGCGUCACGAGGUGCUGAGAUUAAUGGGAAGCAUUCUUGGGAUCAAUAAACAGGAGAUGGAGGAGCUCCUGACAGACGACAGCCGCGGUGUAACUGGAUGGGUGACCGGCUGGUUUGGAGGGUCCCCUGGCACCAAGAGUGUGCCCAGCACCCCCCAGAGACCCACCUCCUCCUCCAUGUUUAAUACCUCCUUUUCAGAGCUCUUUGUGAAGUUCCUGGAGACCGAAUCGCUUCCCACCCUUCCGCCUCUCAAGAUGUCCCUGCAAGACAUCACUCCUCUAGAAGCUGGGAAUCCCAGGACGGCCACGGCUGGCGGAGCAUCAGGCGCAGCAAAGUCGAGCAGGAAGGCAGAUUCCAACCCGUUCCUGGCCCCCCGGUCGGACGCCGUGCCCCUCGUCCCGGUCUCCUCGCUGGGAGCGAGCGCCUCCGCGCACCUUCUCCUAAAGCCGAUAUCGGACGCGCUCCCCACCUUCACCCCUCUGCCCGUGUCGUCGGACGGCAGCGCGGGAUCCGUGCUCAGAGACCUUCUAAAGCAAUAGACGAGCCGGACGCCUUUCAGCACUUUAAUGACAGAGACUUUGUAGAUAGAAGAUUCCAAAGAGGCCUUUCUGUACAGAUCAGUAACUGCCUUUACACCCGCCGCCCUCGUCCCUCGCGCCCCUCGUCUCUCGCGCC